UGCGUGUGUUCGUCGGGGCUUCUCUCUCUCUCGCCGUCGCUCUCCGCCUUUCUCCACCGCCCACCCAGACCGGACGCCGCGCACCACCCGGGCCUCACCUCCUCCUCCCCCUCGUCGGGAAGGGGACGUGGUCGCCGCGGUAAGCUUCAUGGAUCCUUUGGAAUUGGACGGUGACUCGCAGAAAUCCAACAAUAAGCCCAAAUAUUCUAAGUUUACGCAACAGGAGCUUCCAGCGUGCAAGCCACUACUAACUCCUGGAAUUGUGGUUGCUGCCUUCUUGCUGAUUGGCAUCAUAUUUGUCCCAAUUGGACUUGCAUCUCUAUCUGCAUCGCAGGAGAUUGUCGAACUGGUGGAUAGAUAUGACACAAACUGUGUGCCCAUGAGUGACAAGGUUGGGUUCAUACAGAACACAAAAACUGACAAGACAUGCACAAGAACAUUAACUGUGCCUAAACAUAUGAAGAGCCCAAUCCAGAUAUAUUACCAGAUCGGUGACUUCUAUCAAAACCAUCGACGGUAUGUGAAAAGUCGAAGCGAUAAACAGUUGCGGUAUAAGAAUGCUGUGCACUUGACAAAAGAUUGUGAUCCUGAAGGUAAUACUGUUGAUGGUGCUCCGAUUGUUCCAUGUGGCCUUAUAGCUUGGAGCAUGUUCAAUGAUACGUAUAAAAUUUCGGUGAACAAGAAGGCCAUUGAAGUGAAUAAAAAGGACAUAGCCUGGAAGAGUGACAAGACUAGUAAAUUUGGCAGUGAUAUUUAUCCAAGUAAUUUUCAGAAGGGCAGUCUUAUAGGUGGUGCUAAACUAAAUGAGAGCAUACCAUUAAGCGAGCAAGAAGACCUCAUUGUUUGGAUGAGAACCGCUGCACUCCCAACUUUCAGAAAGCUCUAUGGUAGAAUUGAGACAGAUAUCAUGGCAAAUGAUCAAGUAACAGUGAUUAUACAAAAUAACUAUAACACAUAUAGUUUUGGAGGGUCAAAAGCUUUGGUCCUUUCAACAACUUCUUGGAUUGGAGGCAAAAAUAACUUCAUCGGUGUUGCAUAUCUGACUAUAGGAGUCCUAUGCAUUUUCCUUGCAGUGGGCUUCGUUGUUCUUCUCUACAUGGUUAAGCCAAGGACUCUUGGCGAUCCCUCGUACUUGUCAUGGAAUAGAGAUACCCCGGACCAUCCAAACUAAUAGACUGGAAUUUCUUUUCUGAUAUAUAAAUUUAAUAAAGGAGCAUUUCAAUGGGUAAAAAUGUGAAAUUCCUCUACUUGAAUCUACGGAUGAUGUUACCAUUCCUAUUUAACAUGUUUGUGAUAGGUCCAUAGCCAUCAGAAUACAUGAGACAGUGUAGUCUGUUGACUCCAAUUUUACUUGACAAGAACAGGAGUUCAACUUAUUUCUGACUAUAUAUUAACCAAAAGCUGAACUAUAGUAUCAAAUAUUUAUAUUUCUCA